AUGUCUUCCACCCCAGAAGCUGGAGUGCGCAUCACUCUUUACCGGGCCCCUUCCGAUCCCCACGAUAUCUUGAGGGCCAAAGAUGAAAUCAUUGCCAAGUUGACAGCGCGCGUCGCCCAGCUGAAUGCAGACAAGGAAGACAUUCAAGCUCAAAUCGUGCAAAGGGACAAGGAAACCGCCAUACUACAGAAUUUUAUCCAUGAACAAGCCAUUGGCAUCCGCGAUCUCAAUUCUAAGAUCGGUCGGCAAGAGAAACAAUUCAAAGAUCUCAUUUAUGAGCAAAAUGUCUCCCAUAACACCAUCGAUGACAAAACGCAUGAGAUUGAUGGGUUGAAGGCCCAGAUCUCGAAACAGGAAAGGGAGCUCGAGGACCAGAGCCGAGAGAAUGAGUAUUUAGAGACUCAAAUAAUCAUCUUUCAGAGGAUCAUCGACGAGGAUAAUAUCUCGACAAGUUCUGACUCUUCUGGCUCGGAUUACGACUUGAUGGAUCUCUCGAGCGAUGAAGAGGAAGAAGAGCAGGACUUCGAUCCAGGCAAUUACAUCUCUUCCACUACAGACAAAAAUGUCUUGGAAAACUUCAGUGGCGGAUAUCGAGUCAGAUAA